AUGGUCUCCUACUCACAGUAUCUCACCAAAGAGAAAGAGGACGAACUCAGAAGCAUCGUCAGUGCGAUUACGGCUCCUGGAAAGGGGAUUUUGGCAGCAGACGAAUCGAAGAAAACGUUCGGAAAAAGAAUCAAACAUAUCAACGUAGAAAAUACAGAAGAACUUCGCAGGAAAUACAGGCAGGUGAGGAGCAAUCCCUGUAAAUUAGUGAAUAACAGCAUAUCACCUUCUCUCCUGAUUCAGCUGCUAGUCACUGCGAAGCCGGAUCUAGGAAAGUACAUUUCUGGAGUGAUCAUGUAUCAUGAGACGUUCUAUCACAAGUGCGAUGAUGGGACGCGUUUUGUUGAUGCAGAUACAGGCUUGGUUCCUAUGGCUGGUACAGACGGCGAAGCAACGGCGCAAGGAUUGGACGAUCUAAACGCUCGCUGUGCUCAGUACAAAAAGGACGGGGCUCAAUUCGCGAAGUGGCGUUGUGUUCACAAAAUCUCUCCCAAUACGCCUUCUCAUGCAGCAUUAGUUUUUGCCCGAUAUGCAUCAAUAUGCCAACAGAACGGUCUGGUGCCGAUGAUCGAACCGGAGAUUUUGACCGAUGGAUCCCAUGACCUAGCAACCUGCCAGAGGACUACGGAAUUAGUGCUGUCUUACUGUUAUCGGUACAUGAAUUUCAUA